CGCCUAGUGUGAAGUUAGCUCGUUAUAAAUGACAGAACUUGAGAACUAUAAUUUAUUUGUAAUUUUUUUUUUGAAGUUUCACUAAAAUUAAAACGAUCCUCGCAUAUUCAACAACUUGACAUAAUAAAGUGACGAAUAUACGAGUAUUCUGUGGUAUUGUGGAAGGGCACACUGCUAAACAAGUUAAUUUAAAGUCAUUUUCGACAUCUAAAAUACAGAAAAUGAGUGACAAAACUGACAAAUUUCGACUGCCUGCCCGGUACGGGACCGGCGAGAAGAGUGUUUGGGUUGAAUACAUCCAAAUGGUAGCAGAAAUCAAGCCGAAACUGAACCUUGGCCAAGGGUUUCCAGACUACCACCCGCCGAGCUACAUCCCUGAUACCUUGGCUGACGUCACCAAGUCAGAUAAUCCUUUAUUGAACCAAUAUACCAGAGGAUUUGGUCAUCCGAGACUGGUGCAAAACUUAGCUAAACUGUAUUCGCCAUUGAUCGGAAGACAGAUAGACCCAAUGAAUGAGAUCCUGGUCACAGCUGGUGCAUACGGCUCCCUAUACUCUGCCAUUUUAGGUCACGUGGAAGAUGGAGACGAGGUGAUAGUCAUUGAACCAUUCUUCGAUUGCUACGAAGCUAUGAUAAAAUGUGCAGGUGGCAUUCCUAAGUUUAUUCCUUUAAAACCUAAUAAUGUAUCCGCAAACAUGACUGCAGCAGACUGGGUACUUGACGAUAAAGAACUGGAGUCUCUUUUCAAUGACCGUACAAAGAUGUUCAUUCUGAACACCCCCCACAAUCCCCUGGGGAAGGUGUUCACCAGAGAGGAGUUGGAGAAGAUAGCGAACUUGUGCAAGAAGUACAACGUGCUGUGUGUCUCGGAUGAGGUAUACGAGUGGAUGGUGUUCGAGCCUUUUAAACAUAUAAGAAUAGGUACGCUUCCUGGCAUGUGGGAGCGCACCAUCACAAUCGGAUCAGCCGGGAAGACAUUCUCCGUGACCGGUUGGAAGGUUGGCUGGGCGUACGGACCCGCAAAACUGAUGAAGAACUUACAAGUUGUCCACCAGAACUGUAUUUAUACACACUGCACACCCGUCCAGGAAGCAGUCGCUCGCUCCAUAGAAUUCGAACUGUCAAGAUGGAACACACCUGAAUGCUAUAUGUUUGCCAUAGCCAAGGAGUUGUCAGCGAAGCGAGAUGUACUGAACCGUAUUCUGAAAGACAACGGGUUUAUAACUACACCACCUGAUGGUGGCUACUUCAUCAUAGCUGAUUGGACUAAAUUAGGAAAGAAAUUAGAUCUAAGUUCCGAACCUGAUAAGUAUAGAGACUACAAAUUCACAAAGAAAUUUGCAAAAGAAGCGAGCAUCGUCACGAUUCCACUGUCGGCAUUCUAUUCCGAGGAACAUAAGCAUUUCGGAGAAGACUACGCCAGAUUUUGUUUUAUAAAGAAAGACGAAAACUUAGUGUUAGCUGAAACACUUCUUCAAGCAUGGCAACGACGCUGACUGCAAUAAUUAGGUACCUAAGUACUUAUAUUAUUUUUGAUAAGUAUGAUUCAGACAAUACAACGGCUCGAUUUGAGAUACCAAAAAGAGGCAGCAUUAUAAUAUGUCUUUGUGUGUAUCUUAAUUCCUAAAACUAUAACGUUUUAUUUUUGUUUGGUUAUAAAUUGGGGCUAUGAAUAAAGAAAAAUCAUCUCAUACUAAUUUGGUGCCUACAAAAACUAUGUCUUCUUCUCUGAAGCUACAAUGAAGCGUACCGUAUUCAUAAGCAAUUAAGAAAUAAAUUAUUUAUAUCUUCAUCAAA